CCCCCCCCCUCUCUUCUCUCCCCCCGGCCGGGGAAGAAAUUUUGCCCCCAAAAUAAUUUUCUGCACGGACGAUCAAAGAAAGGGCAAAAUUUUUCUGCGCCUCCGGUUGAAGGAAGCCGUGAUCCAUGUCGGACGAGACUGGCCGCACCAUUCCAAAGUUCGGCGCAUGGGACGUCAACAACCCGGCCUCUGCCGACGGUUUCACGGUGAUCUUCAGCAAAGCCAGGGAUGAGAAGAAGGGCCCCGUCAACGUGGACGCCAGCACCAGGUCAAACUCUGACAUGAAAGACUCCAAUAACAAUAAGGCAACAGAGAAGAUCAACCCCUACCACCGCAGGACAAACUCCGCAUCAAAGAAGUGGUUUUGCUGUGUGUCGCCCAGCCCCACCCAACCUUGAGGAAGCAAAGGAAUACCAAAUAUAACAUGAUGCUGCUACUGCCGCCUUGUUAAUGCAUAUAGUAAUGAUUAUACACACCCAGUUGAAAAUGGCCCGGUGUUAUUCUGUGAUGGUUGCUCUGUUGUUGUGAGGAGGCUGGUCUUGAGCUCCUCAAGCCUGUCUGUCAGUGACAACAGCGCCAUGUAUGAUUUGUUUUCCGCCGGGCCAACCAUGUACGAGUGUAUGACUGUUACAUGAGAAAUUUAUGGGUAUAUGAUGAUUAAAAACGUCAUGAUUUUGUGUGUACUCGUUGACGUUUGAUUGUAAUUAUCCAUUCGCUCU